CCGGAUUUCCCAAUUCAUUCUCGCCCUUGUCUGUCUUCGCUAUCUCGCUGAAUCACAGAGCUGAAUCGCCUGUUUCUAAACCCUAAUCCCCUGAUUCCCGCCUUCAAUUUGCAAGUUUCUUGAACCUCUCCUCUGUUCUGCGGCUUUUCCUGGACUUUCGGAAACCUUUCAGGCGAAGCAUAGCCAGCUAGGGUUUCUCGAAGCUCGCCUGCGAGCUGGCUAUGGAGUACGGGGCGUACGACAGCAGCGGGACUGAUGACGAUCUUCCACCCACACAUCAAAAUAGAAUUCCCAGAGGAGGACGGGUUGCUGGUAAUGGAAGAUCUUCUGCUGUCAUGGCUCCGAUGCCUUAUCCCAAAGGGUAUGGAGAAACUGAUAUGGAGGCUCAAAUCCACCAGCUUGAGCAAGAAGCUUACAGUUCAGUUCUUAGAGCCUUUAAGGCACAGGCUGAUGCCAUUACUUGGGAAAAGGAAAGUUUGAUAACUGAGCUUAGAAAAGAACUGAGAUUGUCAAAUGAAGAACACAGGGAGCUUCUUGGUAGAGUCAAUUCCGAUGAUGUUAUCCGAAGAAUACGGGAGUGGAGACAAUCUGGUGUGAAUCAGCAAGGCAUAAUGAGCACUGUUCAACCUGUUCAUGAUCCAGUACCCAGCCCUUCAGUUUCAGCUCCUAGAAAGAAACAGAAAAUACCCCCGUCUUUACCCCCUCAAUCCUUUGGUGGGCCAUCACCCAGUUUUCACCCACAGACUAUGAUUACACAGAACCAACCACCUUCCUUGGCUCCUGCUGCUCCACAGAGAGGACCUUUAAUGGGACCCAAGGGGAAAAAACACAAAUCUAUGCCGCCUGGUAUGAAAAUGCAAUUUCCUCCAUCUGGGAGAGGUCAGUUUUCCAAUCGGAUUUCUCAGCCUGCUGACGGAGUGUCUAAUGAAUCAAUGAUUGGGAGGAAACUGAGGACUAGGUGGCCCGAUGACAAUAAUUUCUACGAGGCUGUCAUUACUGAUUAUGACCCAACACUGGGACGACAUCGUCUUCUUUAUGACAUGGAGACCGAAAGCGAGACAUGGGAAUGGGUGAAGCUAUCAGAGAUUUCUCCAGAUGAUAUACAAUGGGACGAUGGCCCAGGCCUUAUAAUCAAUAGAACAAUGGGCCGUGAUAGUGCCCCGGGUGUAGGGAGAGGCCGCGGCAUGACUAAGCCUCAAUCUAGAAAAGAGUUUCCGCCGUCACAAAAUGGCAUUGGAAAGAAAGUCUUGGGUGAUAUUCAGUUACUUCACACAGAUACGUUGAUCAAGGAGGUGGAGAGGGUAUUUAGUGCAAGCAAUCCAAAUCCAUUGGAGGUUGAAAAGGCAAAGAAAGUGUUGAAGGAGCAUGAGCAAGCACUUAUAGAUGCCAUUUCAAGGCUAGGAGAUAUCUCUGAAGGUGAACAUGCAGAUGAACGCGGUCAUUUCAUGCACGGUCAAGAAUGAUGAAGUGCGAUGUCCCGGUCAGUUAGCACUGUGGUGGUUUUUGGGAGGGAAUUGUUUACUUUUAAAAUUAUAGUGGAGAGAUAUAGUCACAUGAAGAAGGAUGAUAUAAGAAAAAGAAGAAGCCUUUUUGUUGGGGUUUUUCCAGUGUUUGUGUAAAAUGGCAGCUUAGCUUUGUUUGUAAAAUGCUCCCCUCCUUCAACUGUAACUUGUACUCUAACAAACAACUGAAGAGGUCAACUUGGAGAUUAUGUCCUAAAGUUGCCUCAUAUUCCUAGGGUAGAAGAGGUUAAUUAACAUGAGAUGUAAAAUAGACAAAUUGUUUUUUUUUGUCAGGUUGGAAUUGUUCAAAUGGUAUUUCAUUA